CCACCAGCUGCCUUACAUAACCACGACCUUGUAUUUGUACACUAAGUAAUGCCUCUGACCUACAGUGACCUGAAUAACUGCCUCUGGCCUACAAAAUGUUUCUCAUCCAGCCUCCAAACCUCCAAAUCAUCAAACGUGUCUUUGCUUCCAGCAGCGAGCUCUACAGGGGCAUGUGAGAGCGUGUUUAAGGGUUUCUCUGACUGCUUGCUCAGCCUCGGAGAAAACAUGAUGAACUAUCCUCAGGAUCUGGACGACUUGGAAAACCUGCACACUGUCUGCUCAUACUGGAGCGAUUUCCUCUCCUGCACCUCUGCCGCCGUCGCCGAUUGCCAAGACGAAGCAGUGGAGCUUUGGGAAAGGCUCAAAAUCCCAGCCGGGAAUCUGAACUACAGGGGAAGUCUGUUUGAACUGUGCUCAAAGGAUAACGGAGGAGCAGGACUCGGUUUUGGGAUGGGACUCAUAGUCUGGGCCAUGACUCUCUCCAAACUGGUGAUGUGGCUGAUUGUGGAGUGAAAUGAUGAUGAGAUUCGUUUCGCGAUGACAAACGAGAUGAGAAGCGGAUCGUAAGACAAUGGAUGAUGAUGACAUCAUUCUUUAGCACUGUUAAACUCAAGCCAUAUAUGUCAAAAUUUCGAAAGCAUUUAAUAUGAAGCGAAGACGUUUUUAUUUUAAAAAAAAAAAAGCGUAUCAUAAAUCGUAAUCAUAAACAUCGAGAUGUCCUUUCGACGUGUUUCGCUUUCUGUGAUAUGAUUCGGGUUAGAAUUAGGAUAAGGGCUACGCAUUAUUAUAAAAAUACUCAGGAAGAAUUUUGCGUUUAAAUCUACCUUUUUAUACAAAGUUCAGUUGAUUUUGAUCGUCCCGAAGCGCUGAAUUCUUCAAUCUGAUUGGUUAGAAGGUGAUGAUUCUUUUUUUUUUUUUUUU